AUGCCGAUGCAGCCGGUCCCGCCGGCCCAGCAACUGCAUAUGCAUGGCGGGUGUGGAGCCCCACAGCCCUUCUUCAGCCAGCCCUUCUGCGCCAGCGCCGGCCAGCUGUACUCGCAGCCCGCUAUGUAUUCGCCGCAGCAACAGUACGGCAUGCCGCAGCAGUGCAUAAUGGACCCGGCAUUGCCCCCCUUCAUGCAGGGCAUGGCUCAGCCAGGAGGCUCCAUCCACCCUGCCCAGUGGGAGCAGCAGGCCUACUGCUACCCGCAACCCGCCGGUGCAUACGGCGCCAUCCCGCCCCUCUGCGGAGGCGCAGGCACCGUCUCCGGCGCCACCUCUGCCAGCCGCAAGUCAUUCAAGGCGCUUUCGGCGGCCGAGGUUAACGAGCUCAAGACGAAGCUCGUCAAGACCGACAUCGUCCCCUUCAUCAACCGCUUGUGGAGGAAGGCGUAUCGCAGAGGCGAAAUCUUCCGCCGGCUCCACGGCUUCUGGGCCAGCGGGACUCGCAGCCAGCUCACCCAUGAGACCAUCCUCGCCGCGCUAUCGGGCGCCUCCACCGCCGCCCUCAGCCACGCCGCUACGACCGUCGGAGGCGUCAACUCCGCCGAACGAGUGUAUCGCUUCGACGGAUCGACCGUGCUUGUUAUCAAGACCGAUGUGACGUACACAGUGACACAUCAGACGACACAUAUUCUCCCACCCGCCGGGACGCAAAACGCUCUCGACGAGAGCCUGAAGAAGGCGUCCACACAGCAAGCCGCUCGACCCGGCGUCAAGUGCCGACUCGACGGCGAGCUCGCGAGCGCGCGCGUCGGCGUCGACGACGCCAAAGGAGGCGACACCAUUAUGGUGGACGCCACGCACAUGGCCGCUGCGGCGGCCGCCGGCACCGACAGCACCACGAAGCGCCUGCUGCACGUCGCGCUUGCGGUGCGCGACGGCACGCACAUCCCUGACAUCCAAAACAAGACGGCGCUCGUCACCGAGAUACGCCAACUUGUCAAGAAGACACCAGGCUGCGAGGCGCAGCCGGCGAGCGCGAUCAGCGUCCCCGUCGUUGGCACGUCCAUCCACGGGCCGUGUGCCGAGGUCGAGCGUCUCGGCGGCCUCGAGGGUACGAAGGUCGGGGUAUGA